AGUCGCUCGGGUCUCGGGCGAAUCAGUGCGCGUUUCCCUCUGCCAUUUGCGCGUCGGUACGCGGCAGCGGUGUUACCGGAAUCUCUCGACGUGUGCUUACCGGUGCGUAGAAGACGCGUAACCGUCGUGUCGGUUGAGGUGCCGUGUUCACGAGUUCGUGUGCAGUAACGUACGUGGAUUUCUCACGAUCAAAAUCGAUCGGUAUGGCGGACACGGAGGUCAAGGAAACAAAAGUCACUACUCCUCAGAAGAAGGUAGUGGAAGAGGAGAAGGUGGUGCAGGAGGAAAUUGACGAGGAUUCGAAAGCAUCCGAAAAUGGAGACACUAAGGAAACCAAAGAGAAUGGCUCGAGCGAGGAGAAGGAGGUUGAUGAAAAAGAAGUGGAAUCAACGGAAAAUGGAGACUCGACAGAUGCUCCAGCUGACAGUUGCUGCGUAAAGAGGAAAUCAACGGCCGCGGCUGAUGCAGCGGAGGAUGCACAGGACGGCGCGAGUCCCGAGAAAAAGUCGAGACUCGAGGAGAAGUGCGCUGAGGCCGAGAAUAACGGCGAUGCCGAAGAGGCCACGGCCUAAUAUUCUCUCAUGUUUAUUAUUGACAGACAGACCUAAUCUAUAGAUGCAAUUGUAACUACCGAGUGUGAAGCCAGGGCAGAUUGUCUGUGCAUUUUCAAAGAGGUGGCGAGCAUAAAAGAAAAAAAAAGAAGAAAAAAAAAACAGAAAAAGGAACAUUUUGACGUUUAUUGCAUUAAGAACUUUCUGUGUUCAGGAUGAUUGUGUGUGUCUCCCAUAUAGUAUUUCUUGCAAUUGUUAAUUGGCAAUAGCAACACGAGUCCGAUAUUUUUGAUAAAAUAUCGUGAUGAUUACGUUUAAUGUAAUGUAAAGCAUAAACAAACCGUGUUCUCUGUACUGGCAUCCACGUGCAUACAUAUUAUAUAUUCACUUAGCAUUAGAAUUCUAAGGUAAGGAAGUAUAACGUUUAGAAAUAAUAUAUUUCUAAUUCAUCAGAAUAAAAUGACGGUGCGGUGUCUUAAAAAAAGGGUACAUUUGUGCAACAUAAUAUUUCCACCUACUUGCUAGUCCUCAUUGUUUCCGACGCACGGACACACUGUAUCUUAUACCUAUAGACACAUACACACCUUGGACUACACAUCGGAGAUAGAAUACGGAUAUUUUUCUGCGAAUCAAAAUACAUUCCCGAAAAAAAAAAUAGAUUGACUUGUAACAUUUAUGACUGUUCGCCGACGAGAAACUUCAGAGAGAGCGCCAUUUCUACAGUUUAACAUUAAAUAUGCGUUUUUCAUAUUUUAUUUAUGUAAACUAUUUUUUUGCAGAAAGCAAAAAACCAGAAUGCUUAUCUAAACUUUAGGUAAAUUGUGACGCGUUGAGCUUUACUAACACAUACCUUGUGUAUAUGAGUAAUUUUUUUUUUUUCAAGAAAACACUUGAAAAAAGCAAUGUUUAAUAAUGAAAAAAUUUAUUAUGAUUUCAUGUCCAACGAUUAUGUAGAACUGGUCGUGAUUUUUAAAAAAUUGAAAUAUAUGAAAUAUAUGAAAUAUUUUUUUUGUUUUAAUUGCACGUGGCACAGUAUAUAUAGACUGCUUUCCUUUUAUGGAACACACUUUUGACACAAGUCGACACACGUAACUUUCCAUUCAAAAUUUAAUACAAUCUCGGUUGACACAUUUCAACUCUGUUUAAGACAGUGUAUUUUUGACCGAAGACCGUAUCUGUUCCCAAUAUUUCGAUAGAAUCUAUUGGUUUGUCUUUUUCGCUACACUGCUGCACUGAUGCAAUAGGGUAAAGUAAGACAAAUAUAUUUUUUCUUAUUCUAACUUAUUGCACUAGUGCAGCGAAACAGAACAGGCCUUAUGAGUAUGUACUUGCGUACAUUAAAAUUUGAAUUGUGUAGUAAAAAGUUACAGUGUUAAGUAUUAAGUACUUUGUAAUCAAAUAACGAUUUAUAUUUUACAUUAAAGCUUAUAACUUAUUGAAACAUUUAUAAAAUAUAAGAACCUCGUUUGAGAAGUUUUAUCUUGUAAAAAUAUUGUAUACAUUGCGUAUAUCGCGUUUUUUUUAAUUGUGGUAAACUGUGUCGAUUUGUGUCUUUUUAAAAGGAAAGCAGCCAUAAUUUAUCGUACCUCGGUUUUCACAUGUUGUACCUAUGUAGGUAUAGAAACGCUGAGUGGAAAAAAUUGUUUGGAAUUUUUGAUGUAUAAAACGAGAGUAUAACAGUCACUUGAAAAAAAACUGCAGUUGACACAGAGCCAAAAGAUUACUAUUUUGAAAUUAAUUUCAUUCGAUGUAAUUAAUUCAAGUUUACUAAUUAUUUUGAAUUUUAUUCAAAUUAUAUAUGAUUGUCAGAUGUAAGUUUCUCAAAGAUCAUCGUUUCUCUUAGUUUGUAAUGCGUUAGUUUAAAAGAAAAGCGCCAAUAUCUUAUAUUUUGGUGACAAUAUGACAAUAGUUCGUAUAAUUUUUCAUGUCAUUAUUUUGCUUCGUACAUAAUAUAACUGUCGAUCAGUGAGGGUAAUAACAUGUAUGUUUAAGAUUUAAAAUGGUAAAAUGUGUUCAACAGCUAAUACAAAUAAAGAUGGUUCUCUAUA